AUGGAUUUCAAACAAAGAGCUGCAAUUGAGUCUUGUGUUAAACUCGGUAAAACUUUUACCAAAACGCACCAAAUGCUCCAACAAGCAUAUGGUCGUGAUUGUCUAUCCCGCUCGCGAGUUCACGAGUGGUUUAAACGAUUUAAAUCGGGUAGAGAAACGCUAAAUGAUGACAAAAGAUCAGGUCGCCCAAAAAGUGGAAUAUCCGCAAAAAACAUUAAAAAAGUGCGCGAAUUCAUCAAGAAUAAUGAGAAAUGUUCAGUGAAAUUAAUUGAAAUGGAAUUGGGGAUUCCCGCAACUACUGUUUUUCGCAUUUUGACUGAAGAAUUGGGACUUCGUAAAGUGAAUUCACGAUUUUUGCCACACAAACUCACCGAUGAUCAAAAAAUGGAUCUAAUUGAACAUUGCAAAGACAUCAUUGAAAGUGCUCCACAUGAAUGGAGACGACCAGAUGAAGGCCAUCCCACGAAAAGUCAUUUGGAGAAGUCAAAAGUGAAGAGUCACAAAAACACGUAG